AUGGAAUUCGGCCACAAAGGCGUAUUGAACGAAGAUGGCAUCCACGUGGACAUGGAGCGCCUCAAGAAGGGCGAGGUAAAUUUGGGAACCUCCAUCAUGGCGGUCACCUUCAAAGACGGCGUCAUUCUUGGUGCUGAUUCACGAACAACCACUGGGGCUUACAUUGCGAACCGAGUGACGGAUAAGCUGACGAGGGUGCACGACACCAUCUGGUGCUGCCGGUCCGGCUCAGCGGCAGACACCCAAGCUGUCGCCGACAUUGUUCAGUAUCAACUGGGGUUGUUCGCCAUGCAAAGCGGCAAGCCGCCCACGACGCAGACAGCCGCGUCCAUCUUUCAAGAGAUGUGCUAUGCCAACAAGGACAGACUAUCUGCCGGACUCAUCAUCGCUGGCUGGGACGAGCGUUUCGGCGGCCAGGUGUAUUCGAUCCCUCUGGGCGGCUCUUUGCACAAGCAAGCCUACGCCAUCGGUGGCUCUGGUUCCACAUACAUCUACGGCUACUGCGAUGCCCACUGGAAGGAAGGGAUGGACGAGAAAGAGGCCGUCGAGUUCGUCAAGGGCGCAUUAAGGGAGGCCAUCAAGUGGGAUGGCAGCUCAGGUGGUGUCAUCCGGAUGGUGGUGCUAACAAAAGAGGGCGCUGACCGGCACCUGUAUCUACCGGACUCUGAGUAUAAGAUUCGGCACGAGUAA